AUGUAUUCUUUAGUAAAAGCGUUAUGGUCAAUGUAUUUUGAAAAGCCUACUCUAAAAGUUUUAAUAGUAGGGCUGAAUGAAAGCGGAAAAACUUGUUUACUCAGUAGAUUAAAAAUGAAUGCAAAAUAAAAAGCAAUAGAAUUUUCUAAAAUCAUUCCAACAGUUGGGCUAAAUAUUGCAAAAAUAGAAUAUCCAAAAUAUUAUGCCCUUUUUUGGGACUUAGGUGGAGCUCAAUUGCUUAGAAGUAUUUGGAAAAAAUAUUAUCCAGACUGCCAUGGGAUAGUAUUUGUUGUAGAUUAAGAUUAUGUUUCGAGAAAGGAAGAACUUAUAAAAACAUUUGAAUCAAUAACAAGUUCUCCAGAAAGUUAAGGUGUACCAAUACUUAUUUUGAUAAAUAAAAUAGAAAACUAAUCAGAUCCAAAUAGACCUAUUGUCGAUGAAAUUUCAACUAUACUGAGUAUAAGUUUGAUUCAUAAUCGAAAAAUUAUUGUUCAAAGCUGUUCAGCCAUUAAUGGGACAAAUGUAGAUAAAAGUUUGGAGUUGUUGUUUGAGUAAAUAAUUAGAUUAUCUACACAAAAGUGA